AUGGAGACUCAACCAGAGCGUGCAUCCCAGAUCAUGGAGCACCCCGGUAUUGCUAACCAUGACUCCGAUGGCUCUGGCUCUUCGGAUGAGCUCUUGCAGGAUCCCUACGCUGCCAUGAGAUCCAACUCUAACUAUGCAGAGAACUUCGACAGUCAGAUCCAACAACCCCCGACUCCCACCAUCGCCUCCUCCCCUCCUCCAUCCCAUCCCUCCAGCCUCUCCUCGUGGGUAUCGGUUCCGGGAUCCGGCACACGUCCUCGUGGUGCCAGUGUCGGUGCUACGGCCGCUCUCGAAAAAGUACCCCCCGUCGAGCCUCACCCAGACUUGAGACCCCAGCGCCCUUCCGGUCCUGCCAGGACCCCGUCCAACACUUAUGCUCCCCAGCGACGUCCUCCUCAGUACAUCAGCCUUCAGAAUGACCGUCAAAGAUCGUCCUCCGCCAAGAGGACCCCUCGACGUGACCCAAAUGCCCAGUACCGAGCCCAGGAAAAGGCAUAUGUUCAACGCAUCCGGGCUAAUCCUCAAGCCUGGUAUAACCAUUUCGAUGAGGCCCAAAAUAUGAUGAUGGUGGCGGACUCGGAUUUCGAGGAACCAUCACCCUCUUCCGAGGCACCUUUCGAGGAUGAUACUUACGAUCCCGAUAUCCAGCUUUUCCUCGCCGACGAUAACCAGCCCACCAUCGAUGAACUCAAAAACCCAAAGAACCAGGAGCGGCUAGAGUGGCAUUCUAUGCUGGCUUCAGUGCUGAAGGGAGAUGUUGUUAAGCAGGAAAAGCAACGCAUGCUUGGAUCCGCAGAUACAAAGAGGUCAGCAGCUCAAAAUACUGCCAUCUGGGUGGGUGUUAGGGCACGGACUUGCGGCCGCAGCGUUGCUCUACAGCGAAAGCUUAUCGAGGAGUCACGCUCCAACCUGGGACCUUUGCUGGAGGACAUCAUCAAUUUUGAGAUCAAAGGAGAAACGGAGGUCGGCAAGUCGCCAAUCCAGCAGGUCGAGGACGUUGUUCAAAACAUUGAGAAAUGUGAAAUGCUCUAUCCCACCCACAAAGAACUGGAAACGGCAAACCCUCGUGUCGCUUCGGAAGAUUUCUGCGCAAGUCGUGAGGCCAUUUUUGCGUGGCACAACACCACUGCUCUCAUCAAUACUGAGCUCGCCAUUUUGCAGAAGUGGGUUGGUAAUAAUGAACUUGACUUUAGCAAGCCAAGAACCAAGUCCAUCAGCAGUGAUCUAUCUGAUGAAUCGACUUUUCUUGAUCGUAUCAUGAAAGAGGAUGGCCUCAAGAAUCUCCAAGGAGACCAUAAUAUGCUACAUGGAAUAGGGGAAGUAAUCAAAAAGGCAAAGAGCACACUAAUUGAAAACUCAGAAGCUUUUGCCAAACGACAUUUGCCGCCGUAUAUUGAAGAACUUCUCACUCUCAUCAACUUUCCUUCACGACUCAUACAGGAAAUCAUUCGUGUUCGUCUAUCGUACGCUAAAACCAUGAAAGACCCGGCCCAGCAGUCUCCCAUAUUGCUUGACCAGAUGAUCUCCCAAUUUCAGAUUUUGAUGAGAGUCGCUGUAGAAAUCAAACAACGCUACGUGGAUAUUUCCAGACCGGAGCCGGGGUGGGAUCUCCCUCCUUGUGUCGAUGAGAACUUCGAUUCCGUUGUGCUGGAUGCCAUGAAAUACUAUUUUCGAUUGUUGAAUUGGACAUUGAAUGCAAACAAAAACACGUUCAAAGAAGCAGAAAUUCUUGAACAAGAAUGGGGGUUUUCAAAUGAAAUUGGCCGCCAACUUGAAGGUGGAGAUAUUGAAGUGGCUGAACAGUUCAGUGCUCUGACUGCUAGAUCGCUUCAGCGUCUGAUGAUUCAUUUCGAUCGAGAGCUAACGGCACGACAAAACGAAGACCCGACUGAGAUGGACAAACGGUACAAAAGUAUCCUGGACUCGACCCGAAUUCGACAACGGAAACUGUAUCGAUUCUCUCGGUUUUUGCGCCAGCUCUUCGAAAAUGCUACCGAGUAUAACCUCUCCGCUGAUAUUGCAUAUGAAUUCCUUGAGGCUUUGUUGAUAUCAGACCAUUUCCUGGUGAAAUCAAACAACUCCACUGGACAAAAGGGCGUAUAUCUUUUCGCGCACCACGCAUUGUGGAACCGCCCCACCGAUAUACAGGCCAUCCUUGCAACCUCUUUUCGUGAGGAAGAUAUCACUAAAGAUUCGCCUCACGCUCCCUACAUUUUGGUAGUCCGUCCAGAGAAGCCGCUGUCCUGGGCUGGAAAGGAGAUGCAGGUAGAGAUUCUAGAGCAACCCACAGACAUACGGAUUGGCAAACUUCGACUCGUAGUCGAGGGAACCCAGCAACGAUUGUCUAAUGCUAGGCACGAAUUGUCUCAAUUGACUGGAAUUCAACUCGACAUGGUUAUCGAGCAACGCGCGAACCUUGGACGGGUCAACGUAGAACUGAACAAAAUCAAGAAGAUUUCAUUCAAGCUUUCGAUGGCGAUCAUGGACAGUGUUGCAAUUGUCAGGGAGCAACUGAGGUCGAAAAAUGUUGAAAACCAAGAACUCGUUCAAGCCUGUUAUGCCUUUGCAACGGAAUUUGGCAAACGCUCUUCGACUUACGUCGACCCUAACAGACGUGCGAUGAACAGCGCCCGACUCGUGGAGCUGUCGCUUGACUGGGUUUCUUUCAUCUGCGAUGACUGUGAUGCUGCUGAUCGGAAAACCUUCAAGUGGGCUGUGUCUGCACUUGAGUUUGCUAUGGCUAUAACCUCUAGCAGGCACCUUCUCUCAAUGGACGAUGCAGAGUUCGGUCAUUUAAGGCUAAAGGUGGCCGGCUGUAUGUCCCUUCUGAUUUCCCAUUUCGAUAUCAUGGGCGCUCGGUCUUCUCUCGCCGCUCAAGCCGAAAAGCAACGCAUGGAGGAGCGUGCAGGAGCAAGAAAGAUUGGUGGCGGUCGGAUUUUAACGGAUGAUGAGGCAAUGAAGCUUAUUCGCGAGCAGCGUUCGGCUCACAUUUUCGAAAUCGAGGAAAGGAGGGUGGACGAAGAUGCGAAACGUCAAGCAUUGGGGCGAGUGCUAGAAGGAUCCAAUGAGGCUGACAGGUCUCUCACGGUGCUAUCCUCAUCAGCGACCAAUGUUACCUUGCGGUGGCAGCAGGGCCAGUUUAUUGGUGGUGGUACAUUUGGAUCUGUCUAUGCUGCAAUCAACUUGGACAGCAACUAUCUCAUGGCAGUCAAGGAAAUUCGGUUACAGGAUCCCCAAUUCAUUCCAAGAAUUGCCCAGCAGAUUCGAGAUGAGAUGGGUGUUCUUGAAGUUUUGGACCACCCCAAUAUUGUUUCAUACCAUGGUAUCGAGGUGCAUCGUGACAAGGUCUACAUCUUCAUGGAAUACUGUUCUGGUGGUUCGCUUGCCAGUUUGCUUGAGCAUGGACGUGUUGAAGAUGAAACAGUCAUCAUGGUCUACGCGCUCCAACUUCUUGAAGGAUUGGCGUAUCUGCAUCAGUCCGGUAUCGUCCAUCGCGAUAUCAAACCGGAGAACAUUUUGCUCGACCACAACGGAAUCAUCAAAUACGUCGAUUUUGGUGCGGCAAAGAUCAUUGCACGCCAAGGCAAGACCGCCGUACCAAUGGAUGCUUUUGCUGGUGCUGGCCACAAGGAAGCACUUGUUCCGAAAGACGCCCAGGCGACGCAUCAACGCAAAAAUCAGAAAACCAUGACCGGCACUCCGAUGUACAUGUCCCCCGAGGUUAUCCGCGGUGACUCUUCCAAAUUGAUUCACCGCCAGGGAGCAGUCGACAUCUGGUCUUUAGGAUGUGUGAUUCUGGAGAUGGCCACGGGCCGUCGUCCAUGGUCCGCCCUCGACAACGAGUGGGCCAUCAUGUACAACAUCGCUCAAGGAAAUCAACCUCAGCUACCAACACGAGAUCAGCUCAGCGAUCUUGGUAUAGACUUUCUGCGGCGCUGCUUCGAGUGCGAUCCUCUAAAGAGAUCUACGGCAACGGAGUUGCUACAGCACGACUGGAUCGUCUCCAUCCGUCAACAAGUUGUGCUUGAACCGGCCACUCCUGGCAGUGAGCACAGCGGCAGCAGUUCCAACUCGGGCAGUCGCCAGAACUCAAACUACGGAUACUCAUGA